AUGAAGACUCUCGCCUGUCUUUUCAUCCUUCUCGCUACAGUAUACGCCGACGUCUACAAUCCCCAAUCCUAUACGGACCGCCCAUGUGGAGACGACCUAGGUAAUCUCUGGUUAGAUGUGAUUGCCGUGGUCGACAACUCUCAAGGAAUGACAACUGAUGGAUUGAGCUCGGUCGCUGCCAACAUCGCCACUGUCUUCAGUAGUGGCACUCGAAUCGGCACCAACGCCACCGAACCCCGCACCACUCGUGUCGGUCUUGUGACCUAUAACUCUGUGGCCAAAGUGAAUGCAGAUCUGAACACAUUUCAAUCGAUAAACGACGUCUACAAUGGAGUAUUCAAUUAUCUCUCAGCAGUGACAGAUGCCACGGAUUCCUAUUUGGCCACUGGUCUCCAGGCAGCCAACGCUCUCUUCGCUUCUCAAAGUUUCAAUUCAACCAGAAAUCAUUAUAAGAAGGUUGUGAUUGUUUACGCAUCGGAAUACAAAAGUUACGGAGAACUGGACCCAGUUAAAGUGGCCGAUGAGAUGAAGGGAAGUGGAGUCUACAUCGUUACUGUAGCCUACGAUCAAGGAGGAAAUGGGCAGUUGUUGAAGGAUUUGGCUGGAAUUGCCACGCCGGGAUACUCGUUCUCAAAUACUGAUGACUCUGAUAAUGUUAUUGGAGAGAUUCAAGGAGCACUUCUUCAAGCCAACUGUUUCUGCCCAACCGAUUGGGAUCAAUACCGCGUCCAAUUCACCGACAAGAACUCUUAUCACUACGGUCUCUGCCUCCAAUACGUCUCCCUUUCAGCCAAUUGGCUCUCUUCCAAAAUGGCCUGCCACACUCGCUGGAACAAUUCCUAUCUGGCCACCGAAUUCAGUCGGGACAAGCACAAUUUCAUUCUUCAAGUCGUCAAAAGCGACCCAGGAGUCAAACAACCAUACAAAUACAACGUUGGAUUGAGUUGGUUGAGCAGUGCCAACAAUUGGGUCUGGGAACAACCAAUCGGAAUCGAUCAAGUACCCCUUCAAGUCUGGUCUAAUUGGGAUAUGGGGUAUCCGAAGAACGCUGCGAGCACCAGUGGAGUCCUAAAUCUUCAAAGCGGACAGGUUACCUACUGGGAGAAUCAGGGAUUGAUGACUGGAGCAGCCAACUAUGUUUGUGAGACCUACUCCUGCGAUACUGAUAACUAUUGUGAUGCCCAGUUGAAUAAGAAACACUGA